AACCAGUUGAAACCAGUUGAAACCAUUAGAAACCAUGCAGUUGAAACCAGUUGGAACCAGUUGAAACCAGCGAACGCGAGAUUGUAGUUGGUAUAACAGGGUUUUCCCAGUGAGAUUAUGUAAAGCAGUAUCAACAUUAGGUUAACUUGAUAUUUGUCAUUUCAUAUUCAUUAUUGCAUCAUUGUUAUUUUGCUUAUUUUCCCACACUAGUCUUUGAUUUAGAGACUUCAGCUGAGCUAUCUUCCAGAAUGGGCAACGACGAAUCGCGGCCCAAAUAUGCUACUCCAAAAAAAGUUACCCCCGAAGGCGUGCAUGUCGGCGCUCAUAGCGGCUUCCCCGACGACCCCGUGCCGUACGCAGGUAGUCCAUUGGAGUACUGUUUUGUCAACAUCGAGACUAAACUGAAAGUUAAAGUUAAACUUUCGUUAGCCCGACACAUCAAGACAAACAUCGAUGAGUACUAUGACAUGAUCUCCCAGCCCUACACUCGUGGAUUUCUCAUGAACCAGUUCCAGUCCAUCCCUGGUGCCUUGAAGCAAAAAGAACUCAGCUCAACUGCCUUUAAGGCGUUCCAGGCUAUCCUGUCGCGACCUGUCAGCGCACCACCGUCUCAGGAGCGAUGGCAGCUGCGGGUUGAGAAAAGUUUCCUAGAGACACAGAUGAUCAUAAAGUUUUUCACGUCAUCAAAAACACUGUCGGACACUUCGGACAUACACCAAAAGAUAAACGCACUUACAUCGCAGGGCGGGCGCUUGGUAUGCGUCGAAAUCACUGGUCAACAUGAAGGCAAAGAGUUCAGCGCGCUAUUGUCAGGAGACCCGGGAAUAAAAGGUGUGGAUCUGUUCUUCAACAUGCCGCUGCACCCGAACCCACAGAUCUACGUCUACCAGGUCAUCAGUGUACCGGUGAAGUUCAAACUGAAGAUGACGGGCAUCAAGGCGUACCCUAUGGACUUCACGGGCCAAUUUACCGCUUUCUUAGAGAGGGGCUGGAAACUAGUGGAGAUCAAUUUUGACUGUUCCGAAACGUCCAAAGCUGGUGUCUUAUCAUCGGAGCGUACGAGUAUAAACUCCAUCUGGUUCUUUGAGAAGGAAGCAUCUAAGAUGCACAGCGAGGUUCAAGAAUGGGAAGGGACCAUUGUGGAAUACGAACACAAAUGGGCGUUCUCAUAUAGUGGUGGCACCCGAGCCAAGACCAAUUGGGACUCCGUGGUGGUUGAAAUGGGCCAGCGGGGCUGGGAGCUAGCCUGCCUGGUGGAAUCACCCGAGAGCUACAUCAUACAAAUGACACCAAUAAAAGUGGCCCAAAAGGUCCUCAUGUUCUUCCAACGUAAAAUCAUGCAGGCUGUCGGAGACGCUGGGUGUGUCACGCCCCCUCAGGCUGGACAAACCCUACCCCAGGGGAAUUAUCCCCAACCACAGGAGAGCAACCUCCUACCCCAGGGGAGUAAUCCUACACCCCAUGAGAGUAAUCGCUUACCCCAGGGGAGUACUCAUCCACCCCAGGGGAGCUACCCUCCUCCAUCCCAGGGGAGCAAUCCCCCAACCCAGGGGGGCUAUCCCCCAUUCCAGAGGAGUAAACCACCAGCCCUUAUCAGUAGUCCCCCAGCCCAGGGAAUUAAUCCCUCGACCAAUCCCAUGUCCCAGGGGAGUAAUCCCUUGACCCGGGAGAGUUAUUCCCCUCCCCAGGGGAGCUAUCUGCCACCCCAGGGGGGCUAUCCCUCCCCCCAUGGGGGUUAUCCCUCACCCCAGGGGAGUAAUUCCCCGUCCAAGGGGAGUAAUCUCCCAUCCCAGGGGAGAAGUCCCUCGACUCAUGAGGGAAUUAAUCCCUCGACCAAUCCCACGUCCCAGGGGAGUAAUCCCUCGACCCGGGAGAGUUAUUCCCCUCCCCAGGGGAGUUAUCCGCCACCCCAGAGGGGCUAUCCCUCCCCCCAUGGGGGUUAUCCCUCACCCCAGGGGAGUAAUUCCCCGUCCAAGGGGAGUAAUCUCCCAUCCCAGGGGAGAAGUCCCUCGACUCAUGAGAGUUAUUCCCUGCCCCAGGGGAGCAUUCACCAACCCCAGGGGAGCUAUCAGCCACGUACCCAAGGGGGUUAUUCUCCAAUCCGGGGGAGUUAUUCCUCACCCCAUGUGGGUAAUCCCUCACCCCAGGGGAGUAAUCCCUUACUCCAGGGGAGUAGUCCCUCGACCCAUGACAGUAAUUCCCUGCCCCGGGGGAGUAUUCACCAAUCCCAGGGGAGCUAUUAUCCACGUACCCAGGGGGGUUAUCCCUCAACCUUUGGGAGUAAUCCCUUACCCCAAGGGGUUAAUCCCUCACCCCGGGGGAGUAAUCCCUUACCCCAGGGGAGUAGUCCCUCGACCCAUGACAGUAAUUUCCUGCCCCGGGGGAGUAUUCACCAAUCCCAGGGGAGCUAUUAUCCACGUACACAGGGGGGUUAUCCCCCAACCGUGGUGAGUAAUCCCUCACCCCAAGGGGGUAAUCCCUUACCCCAGGGGAGUAAUCACCCACCCAAAGGGAGUAGGCCCUUGACCCGUGACAGUUAUUCCCUGCCCCAGGGGAAUAUUCACCAAUCUCAGGGGAGCUUUUACCCACGUACCCAGGGGGGCUAUCCCCCAACCGUGGGGAGUAAUCCCUCAACCCAAGGGGGUAAUCCCUCACCCCUGGGGAGUAAUAACCCCUUAUCCCAGGGGAGUAAUCCCCCACCCAAAGGGAGUAGGCCCUUGGCCCAAGAGAGUAAUUCCCCACCCCAGGGGAGUAUUUACCAACCCGUGGGUAGCUGUCACCCAAGUACCCAGGGCGGUUAUCCCCCAGCCACGGGGAGUGAUCCCCCAUCCCAGGGGAGUAAUCCCCCACCCCAGGGGAGUGAUCCCCUACCCCAGGGGAGUGAUCCUUCAUCCCAGGAGAGUUAUUCCCCGCCUCAUAGCCCCAACCCCUGGGAGGGCAUUCCCCGCACCAAGUGGGUAAUCCCCCGACCCAAGGUGAGCCUCCCCCCAGCCGAGGGGCACUACCCUGGAACUCCCCAACAGGACGAAAAAAAGUGAGUGAACUUUGAGAAAGUACGGAUUCAAAUU